CUUCGGUUUAUGUGUCUAUUUCCAAACUCACAUUUCGGAGUAGCCAGCCCAAGUGCCGCCCCCGCUCUGACCCGCCUUGGACCUUGAGGUUCAGGGGCGUCCCUGGAAUCCUGGGCUGGUGGCCUGUGGACAUGCCUCAUCUCAGCGGAGGGGAGGAAAACCUAGCCUUCACGUUGGGGUCUUGGAGGGCUGGAGGAGAGAGGCGAUUUCAGUUUCUUAAAUCCCUUUGAGACCCACGUCCUCACUUUGGUCCCCGCUGCCUUGCCUCCUGCCUCCCACCUGCCUCGGCCGAGACAGAGCCUGCCUCACUGGGCCACCUCACUGGACCCCUCUGACCACCUCCCAGAGCCAGCGUGGUGGCGCUUCCAGCGGCGGCUCAAGCCCUUUCACGGGGAUGUGGAAAGAAAGUAGAAGAAACCUUGUUUGGGUUUAUUUCCAUCUCAUCCUUUACAAGUUUUCCGUGUGCCCACCGGGGAGGACUGUCUAGUGGCAGAGGACAGCAUUUUUAAGGGGACGGGUAGAUCUGUUUCCCCCGCGCUCCCUUCAGCUCUGCCUCCUGCUGCGGCGGGGACAGCCAGAGGGGCUCCAGGCGACAGCCCGGAGGGUGGAACAGAACCGCUGGGCCAGCCCUUCCCUCCUUGUGCUUCCAGCUUCAUCAUCUGCUGCUCCUCCUCUCUCCCCGUCCCCUCACUGCCUCCCCUGGGACGUCCCCGCCCUGGGGACGCGUCCAGGUGCUAGGACGUGUGUACCCUGUGCUUCCGCAGCCUUCACAGAAGGUGGCCCUGUCUUCUGUGGGCCCACCCUUCCUCGAACCCCUGCAAACUCACAGGUCCCCAGCUCCUCUUCGAAGCUUUCCCUCAUGCUUACAACUCCCGAAGCACCCUGUAGGUGCCUUUAAUCGCCCGUGUCACUCUGCUGUGGCCACUGUGUAACCUGCCAGUGCCUUUGUCUGGACUACAUGCCUCUGCAGGGCCAGGCCCAGGUCUCGAUCUGUCUACAUCCAGAAGAGACUGAGGUCAGCUGACCCUGCCCUGGGGGGACAACCUGGGGCCAGGGAGGUUAGUCGGUCUGCACAAGGUCAGGUCUGCUGAUCCCAGUAAUCAGCUUGAGGCUUCUAAUCCGUCACCGGCAGGAACCUUGGGACGCACGGCAGUGGCUCGGGAGGGCUGUCAGGGGCCAUCUUGGCCUCCUCCGCAGACCUGACCGGGAGGGGAUGGGGCGGCUGAGCCAUGUGUACCACCCUCUUCCUGCUCAGCACCUUGGCUGUGCUCUGGCGCCGGCGAUUCGGCAACCGGGUCCAACCAGAGCCCAGCGAUGGGGCAGUUGCGGGCAGCAGCGUGGACACAGACCCCCAGUCCCCCGGCAGGGAGACAGCACCUGCCUCUUCGGGCGGAGCUCGGCCCCGGGAACCAGGGUCAGCCGGCUGAGGUGGGUGGGCUGGUGCCAAGGACGGACAGAAGUGACGGCCGCCUCCCGGAAGAGAACUGCCUGGUAAAGCGAAGGGGGCGGGCCUCUGGGGGCCCCACAGAGUCACCCAAUCAAAAGGGACUUCAGUGGACUGUCCGGAGGUGCCGGGGACCUGCUCACUCAGCCAGCACGUGGAGCGCCUGGGUGCCCGCGCCUGUGGGUGCAAAAUGAAUUAAGCCUUCCUUCCACCAACGACCAGAACCCUGGGCAAAGCACAAGAGACAGACACCUGCCAACAGGCAGCACGCAGGACGGCGGCCCGUGAGGGCCUCAGCAGCUGCCUCGGACAGCUCCUGCCUGUGGCUCGUGGACUGGGGGGGCGCCCUAGGGCCCACAGGGCUCCCCGAGGUGAGGAGAGGGUGCUCCUAAGGGUGCACACAGAUCGGUGGGGCCCGAAACAGCCGCCACGAAGGCGACUCGGUGGACAAAGGAAAGUCCUCCCAUCAGGCUACAAAAAGCAACCACCAUAAAAGAAAAGUGAUUAAUUGGACUUUAUCAAAAUUCUUGGAAAGACUGGGAGAAAACACUUGUCAAGCAAAUAUCUGAGGAAAGACCUGCAUCCAGGAUAUAUAAAUAACUUUUACCACUUGGUGUCUAAAAGCUAGCCCGUAAAAAGGGGGAGGGUUUUAAUAGUUCACAAAAAAGUGUACAUGUGGCCAGUAAACACACAGCAAGACGCUUGCCGUGGUCAGUCACCAGGGAGCUGCAAAUCAGGAAUCUCCAGGCCCUUCCCCAGGCCCCCCCAGAACGGCUGAGGGGGAGGAGGAACGUGACAGGUGCUGGCGAGAGGGCAGGGCAGCCGAAUCGGGUGAGACGCAUUGCUGGGGGAGCGCUCCGCGGUGCGUGUGCUUGGGAAACAAACCGGCUUGGCAGUUCCCUGUGACCUUACCCAGAGGAAAGAAAAUCCGUGUUCACCAAAAGAUCUGUGCAAAAAUGUUCGCAGCAGCUUCAUUAGUCACAGCUCUCACGUGGAAACAACCCAAAUAUGUGGCAACGAGUGAAUGGAUAAACAAACUGUGGUAUGUGCGUGUAAUGGAAUAAGAGUCAGAAAUAAAAAGGAAAUGAACUACU